ACACAUUAUUUUGCACGAACUGUUCCUCGAAAGUAUCCCUAAAGACUUUCUCAAUACAUUGUUCUAACUCCCAGCCAAACGUCUAGCAACUGGAGAACAGACACUUAACUUCGACUUUCUUUGAAAACUUCAACUUUGUCCUUUCUUUCUACAUUAUUGUUUGGACUUCUAUUAGUCAAGGUCUAUAUUGAUCGAAUUCUGUAGAAUCCCCUCAUUCGGAGGAUAUAUAUCUAGAGCCACCCUUUCUAAAGAGCUGCAGAGAAUAUCUUUGCAAGGCGGUGACUUGCACAAGCACAACUCGUUUCCCAACUCUAAAACUACUUGCCCAGAGUUUUUCAAAUGCAGUCUCCAAAAUGCCACUUGCUUAUAUUCUUGAUUCAAUUAGUCUCCAUCAUUAGUUUUUACCACUACAUAAUCCCAAUAAGAGGUGAAGAUGAAACUGGUGUAGCAAAAAUGGAUGUGGGCAUAAUUCUCGAUAUGGAAACAGAUGUGGGAAAAGUAAUGCACACAUGUAUCUUACUAGCACUUGAAGAUUACCACGCCGCCGCUAGUCGCAGUGCCGUAAGGAUAGUCCACCAUUUGAGGGAUUCCAAGAAAGAUGAUGUUGAAGCAGCAUCCGCUGCCAUAUCCUUGCUAAAGGAUGUCCAAGUACAAGCUAUCUUUGGACCACAAAUGUCUACACAAACUGAUUUUGUGAUUGACAUAGGGAGAAGAGUAAGAGUCCCUAUCAUUUCUCCAGCAACAAGUCCUUCACUUACAGUCAAGGAAAACCCCUACUUCAUCAGAGGAGCACUUCCUUCUUCCAGCCAGACUAAGGCCAUUGCAGCAAUUGUUAAGAACUUUAAUUGGAGGGAGAUUGUAGUCAUUUAUGAGGAUAGUCCCUAUGGAACCGGGAUAGUUCCACAUUUGACUGAUGCCUUACUGGAAAUCAGCACUUUAGUCUCCUAUAGAAGUGUUAUUUCUCCUUCAGCCAAUGAUGAUCAAAUCCUCAGCGAGCUAUACAAGUUGAAUACAAUGCAGACCAGGGUCUUCGUUGUGCACUUGCGACCAUUACUUGCCAGACGCUUUUUCCUCGAGGCAAAAAAAGCCGGGAUGAUGAGCGAUGGAUAUGCAUGGAUCAUCACGGAUCUGCUAACGAGUCUUCUGGACUCGGUAGAUCAUUCAGUGAUUGAGUCAUCAAUGCAAGGUGUUCUUGGCAUAAAGCCUUAUGUUCCAAGAACCAAUGAGCUUAUCAAUUUCACCAAGAGAUGGAGAAGGAGAUUUCGUCAAGAGUAUCCGGACAUGGACACAGUAGAACUCAAUGUUUUUGGGCUGUGGGCAUAUGAUGGAGUCAAAGCAUUAUCAAAAGCAGUAGAAAAGGUGGGUGGCACUUCCAUCCCAAAAUUCAAGAAAGCAAACACUAGAAAGAAUUUAACGGACUUGGAUGCACUUGGAACCUCAGAGUUGGGAUCUCUGCUCAUUCACUCUAUGCAAAACAUAACGCUAAAGAAAGGUCUGAGUGGUGAUUUCCGCAUCGUUGAUGGAGAAUUGCAGCCUUCCCCAUAUCAAAUUGUGAAUAUAAUCGGGAAAAUAGACAGAACAGUUGGAUUCUGGACAGAGAAAGAUGGAAUUUCAUGUAAACUGAAGAUGAUUGGUAAAACAGCUGCUAAGUGCAAUAAUAAGCAGCUAGGAGCCAUAAUUUGGCCCGGUGAAUCUACUAUUGUUCCGAGAGGCUGGGAAAUACCCACAAGUGGGAAGAAGUUAAAGGUUGGAGUUCCCGUCAAAAGAGGGCUGGACGAAUUCAUUAAAGUGGAAAUAGAUUCGAAAACACAAGCAGUCACUGCAACUGGUUUAAGUGCAGAUGUCUUCAAAGAAGUCAUCCUAUCUUUGCCGUAUGCUCUCCCUUACGAAUUUAUUCCAUUUCAAAUACCAAAUAGCCCAAAUUCUUCUGGCUAUGAUCAUCUUGUUCACAAGGUCUCUUCUAAGGAAUAUGAUGCAAUUGUAGGUGAUGUGACCAUUUUAGCGUGCCGAUCCGAGUAUGUGGAUUUCACAUUACCUUUUACAGAGUCGGGUAUUUCAGCAGUUGUGCCAGUAAAAGAUGAUGACAGGAAGAAUACAUGGAUUUUCUUGAAACCUCUAAAAAGCGAGCUUUGGAUAACAACUGGAGCAUUCUUCGUCUUCAUUGGUUUUGUUGUUUGGGUGCUCGAACAUCGCGUAAACAAAGAGUUUCGAGGACCCAAACGCAAGCAGGUUGGGAUGAUAUUCUGGUUUUCCUUCUCAACUUGCGUAUUUGCCCAUAGAGAGAAGAUAACAAGUAACUUCACAAGAUUUGUGAUGAUUGUGUGGGUUUUUGUGGUUCUGGUGCUGACAUCAAGUUAUACAGCCAGCUUAACAUCUAUGUUAACAGUGCAACAGCUCCGGCCUACUAUAACAGACCUCAAUGAUCUCAUUAAGAAUGGAGAAUAUGUUGGGUAUCAAGAAGGUUCCUUUGUCAAAGACGUCUUGAAGCACAUGAAAUUUGACCGCUCCAAGUUAAGAAGUUAUAGCACAUUGGAAGAGUAUAAUGAUGCGCUCUCAAGAGGAAGUAAAAAUGGAGGUGUUGGUGCAAUUAUUGAUGAACUACCUUAUAUCAGGCUCUUCCUCAACAAGUACUGCAGGAAGUAUAUUAUGGUUGGUCAGACUUACAAGACUGCUGGUUUUGGAUUCGUAUUUCCAAAAGGGUCACCUUUGGUACCUGACAUCUCAAGAGCUGUCUUGAGGGUGAUGGAGGGAGAGUUUAUGAAUAAUGUAAUACGGAAAUACUUUGGGAAUGAAACAGAUUGUCCACGUAAAGAUGGAAUAACAUCUGAUAGUCUCACGCUAGAUAGUUUCAAGGGCCUUUUCCUCAUAGCUGGUGUAUCAGCAGGCUCCGCUCUUCUUCUAUUCUUCCUCAUCUUCCUUUAUCAGAAUAGAGAAAUCUUAGCCACUGAUGAUUCGAUAGGGAAAAAGCUUUCUGCAAUAGCAAAAGCCUUUGAUGAAGAGAAAGAUGACUCUAAUUCUAAGUCAGAAAAGCCAUCUGAAGGUAAUGAAGUCCAAAUGGCUGCACUAUUCCCAGCAAGUGAAGCUUCCCCUGAAAUUUUGCCUGACCUUCCUUUGCAAAGCCAAGAAAUCAGAAUUUCCCACGGCCUAGGAGCAUCCCCUGCUGCUGAAGGGUUCUCUACAACAGAACCUGGAACUCCAUUUUAUGAAACCAUUACAGGGACAAUUGAAAGAUUGAAUUGGGCCCGACAAGAGAUUGUAUAGAGAUGAGCUAACUUUAGGGUUAAUUGUAUAGAGAUGAGCUAACUUUAGGGUUAGUUAAACCAGAUUACAUUAUAACUUUGUCGCUCUUGGCAAGAAUAUUAGCAUCAAGAGGCAGCUCCAGGAUACAAUUUGAUGGAUUUAACCCUUA